UCCAAUUUAACAUCACAUUCUUUUGUUUUGUAUCUUAUCUAGUAUUUAUAAAGAAUAAGUUGAGAAACUUGUGCAUGAGAGUAAAUCAGUUAUUUGAUUUCUGUUCCUUUUAACUUUAUCCCUCUAGGUCCCUCCCUAAAAACAAUAAAAACAUUGAGAUUGGAGGAGGAAUUAGUAGCUAGGAGGGUAAAAUAUGUAGCAACCUUGGCCCAUUCUAUUUUCAUACGCUUCUGACAACUGGUGGUUUUGUAAUAGUAACAGUCCAUACUUGAUCUAGAAGACCCAGAAUUACUAGCUUCCCAUCUUGCCCAAAUAGAUGUCUACUCUGCUAUAUAAAUACCUAGUGGAAACCUUAGCUACCAUGUUUCCACCACUAUAUUUACUGCUUUAUGGUGCCAAAUCAGGAUCAGUACACUACUUUCCAGAACAAAAUCAUUCAUGGCAGUGAAGGAAAGCAACACAAGCCAAAAUAUUCAGCUGCAGCAGCAGCAGCAGCAACAGCAGCAGCAGCAGCAAGAAGCUUGUGAUCCUUGCAAGUCUUUUGGCCAAAAGUGCAGUCACUUGGUCAAGAAGCAGCGUGCCAAAUUCUACAUUCUUCGCCGCUGCAUCGCCAUGCUUUUGUGUUGGCAUGAGCGUGGUGAGACAUAAUAAUACCAAGGCCUGCCACAGUAUCAUCCAUCCCUUUCUCUAUCAUUGUAACAUAAAGAGGGUACUAUAUUACUACUAUGUCACACUGCAAAUUGUUACUUUUUCUAAUAGGAUUAUUAUCGCAUUCUGUGUAAUUACGUCCAGCUAACAUGUGAAAGAGAUUAGAUCUGUUUCAACUUUCGCAACCACUAUUGAGUAGAUCUUCUUUUUCACGUGUCAAGACGCUCUCAAACUUGCACAUAUGUUACAAUGUUGGAGGUUUGGUUAGCUCAUUGGGAGCUUAAGUCGCUAUUCAUCCCCAUCUUUCUCCUUGAGAGUAAUUUGUUUUGUCUUUUUCAGUUUCAAAUGAGGAAAAAAGGGCUUUCACUGGUUGUCGUAAUGAUCCAGGGCAUCGGAUUCAACUGUUGAUUUCUUUGUUUGCAUAGAA